UGUGGGUCAUUUUAACAAGAUUCUCUCCUGAGUCCUGAGCACCCCAGGGUCCCUCCACAGGGCCUGUUCCCCUGCCUGAUGGCUCUGCUGCUCUCGAUUCCUGAAGGGAAUCAGAUCAUGGCUUGGAUCCUGCUUUUGCUGCUGCUAGCACCAUGCCUGCAAGCUGGUAACUCAGCAGGAUCCAACAGAGAAAGAUCCUUUGCGGUUAACCAACCAACACGCCUCUCCGGUGUCCAGGACGGCUCCAUCGAGAUCCCCUUCUCCUUCUACUUCCCCUGGGAGUUGACAAAGAUUCGGCAGAUGAGGAUUCUCUGGAGAUGGAAAGUCUUCCAUGGGGAAUUUAUCUACAACUCCUCCCCACCUUUCAUACACAAACAUUUCAAGAACCGGCUCAUCCUGAACUGGACACAGCCUCAGACAUCCGGAGUCCUCAGAAUCCUGGACUUGAAGGAGGAGGACCAGACAGUGUACUUCUGCAGAGUUCAUCUGAACACAACAAAAGGCACGGAGAGUUGGCAGUCAAUUGAAGGGACUCAACUUACCAUCACCCGUGCUGUCAGCACCACCAUGAAAACUCCCUCCUUAGUCACCUCUGCAGUCACCACAGCUGGCCUGGAGGACACAGAGGGUCAGAGCAAUCCUUCACUUGUGAACCUGGCAGCCACAGUCGGGGUGGUGGUGGCCACGGCUGUGCUCAUAACCCCCGUCUGUGUGUUGAUGAUCUUCCUGUGCUGGGAGCAAAGGCCAGCACCCUAAAGCCAAAGCCCAGCCAGGUGGGCGCCC